AAUUAAAGACUUGAAGAGAGACUUUAAGAUGUUUCCUUCCCUGGUGUUCGGAGAUGGCGCUGUCUCACAGAUCUCUCUCGCGUAUAACGAGUUGACGGAAAUUCCCGCGGAUUUCCACAAGCACCAAGAUUCGCUGGAGAUACUGGACCUGAGCCACAACAAGAUUUCGUCUCUCAUGCCCCUGAUGGACUUCAGGCGACUGAACACACUGAUUCUGGACAGCAACGGUCUGACAUCACACGUCAAGUUUCCCCCCCUCCCCAGUCUGCACACUCUGUGGGUCAACCACAACAACAUCACCAACCUCUCUGUCUUCAUCGAAACUGUCGCAAAAUGCUUCCCAAAUCUCAGGUUUCUGAGCAUGAUGAACAAUGAAGCUGCUCCGAGCUACUUCAAUGGUGGAACAGUCCCUCAGUACCUGGACUACAGACAAUAUGUCAUCAGCCGGUUGCCCAAGCUGGAGACGCUUGACGAUCGACCAAUCAGCAAGGACCAGCGAGAGGAAGCGGAGAGAAUCUACGGCCGCAGACAGAGUGAAGACAACAAGGCCAAGAAAAAGAGGCCUUCAAGAAAGAAGCCUACUCAGCGCUCAUCAGAAAGUGGAAGAUAGGCACUUCUAGUAUCAGUAACAGUUACUGUAGUGUAGAUUUUAGAUGUAUCAUGUUUGUAUCUUUAAUUAAAAAAAAGUAGGGAAACAACGACAUGAUGAAAAGAGCAACACAAUGCAUUUUAGAAGGUAUCAUAUCAUUGUUAAAGGCAUCCGAUGCGAUUUCAGGACAGCAAAACUGGAAAUAUUCUGAAUAAGGCAAUCUUUAUGAUAUUGACACAUACUGUCCCACAUUAGCAGUUUUGAGUCAGCACUUAAUAUUUUGGGCUGCAGAAGCAAGCCUCAAGAUAAGUCCUUUAUUUUCUGGGUGGUACCCUAAAAAUGAGCCCAGGGCCCUUCCAGUAA